AUGGAAACUCGGCUGAUCUACAUCCUCCUCUUCAUGCCAUUGUUGAAACAGCUGGUAACGAAGGCAAACCCUCGAACUGAUAUCGUCGCAAGGAUUUGUGGAAAUGUGACAUCAAACGAUAGCAGGCUGUACGUCGAUGAAUUCACAAAGACUCUGAAAAUAAUCAAAGACGAAAUUUACAUGAAUGGUUUUGGGACAGCGGUCGUGGGAGAAGGCCUACAGCAGAUCUAUGUCAUGGCUCAGUGCCACGGCGACCUAACAUACGACGACUGCGUCAUCUGCACCAACUUCUGCCUCACCCUCCUCCCGGGUUGCUUCCCCAAGACCGCCGGACGCAUUUAUCUCGACGGUUGUUUCGCCAGGUUCGACAGUUACGAUUUUUUCAACGAGAGCGUCUUACCCUCAGACUCCUCAGUAUGCGGAAUGACGGAGUCUACUACGCCAAUAGAUUUUAACGCCACCAUCAAGCUACUGCUCGAUAGAGUGGUGAAGAUAGCAGUUACCAACCAUGGGUAUGGAGACGGAUCUGAGAGAUGGGGCUCUGGAUCAGUAUUUGCACUUGCAAAUUGCUGGAAGACGCUGAAUGAGGAGUCCUGCUUGUCUUGCCUGCAAAACGCUGCAACCAACAUCCUCACUUGUCUGCCGUCGACGGAAGGCCGUGCAGUUGAUGCUGGCUGCUUCUUAAGAUACUCCGAUUAUAAAUUUUUGAACGACAACGAAGAUCUCUUCUCAAGAAAAGGAUCUCUUUUUUCAUUCACCACCUUCGUUUUUGUUUUUGCUACUGUCUGCAUACUCUCUAUCUUCGUGGGGAUCUGCCUGGGUGAUGUCAUCUACAAAGGUCUACAUAGGCAGAGAAGAAGGAAAGCAGAAUUGGACGUGGUGGAGACUUCAAUGUUCGCGAGGACCAUGCAUUUCAAGUACUCGACCUUGGAGAAGGCAACAGACUACUUCAGUCAAGCUAACAAACUUGGUAAUGGAGGAUAUGGAGAGGUAUUCAAGGGAACUCUAGGAGACGGUAGGGAAAUAGCAAUCAAGCGGCUGUAUGUGAACUACUUCAAUCGUAAUCAGGAGAUCCACAAUGAGAUUAACAUCAUUAGUCGGGCAACCCACAGGAACUUGGCUCGUUUCCUGGGUUUCUGCAUCACCAACGAAGUUAGUCUCCUUAUUUACGAAUUUGUACCUAACAAAAGCCUCGAUUGUUACAUAUUUGACCCAGAAAAGAAGAAAGAAUUGGACUGGAACAAAAGGCUGAAUAUAAUCAUGGGAACAGCUGAGGGCCUAGAAUAUCUUCACAAACGGUGUGAUGUGACGAUUGUUCACAGAGAUGUCAAGGCAAGUAACAUCUUGCUAGACUUGCGUUAUAGACCCAAGAUUGCAGAUUUUGGUCUAGCUAGAUUUUGCAGCACUACUACUGAAAAGACCACCGAGAACUCUGCUAAUAUUGCAGGCACAUUGGGAUACAUGGCUCCUGAGUACAUUACUCGUGGGCUUCUAACAGACAAAGCAGAUGUGUACAGCUUUGGAAUUCUGAUACUGGAAAUCGUCGGUGGAAUUCAGAAUAACAAAUUCCAGCCAGAUAAUUCCCUCGACACCCUAGUUACCUGUGCAUGGCGGCACUUUCAGUCGAAUACGGUAUCAGAAAUCAUAGAUGAGAGCCUGGAGAUUGAAGACAUAGAAGAAGUCACAAGGAUUGUUCAAGUGGGUCUUCUGUGCACUCAAGAAUCUCUGAUGUUGCGCCCUGAAAUGACAGAGGUAAUCCAAAUGAUCAAACGAAAAGAUUUGGAAAUCCCCAGGCCUUCCAAGCCUCCUUUUAUUUGUGAACCCUUAAACGCCUCAGGCCUACACUCUUCCCCAUCAUCUAAUACGUGUACUGACUAUAGAUAG